UGAAAUGAAAUCCAUUUGGUGCAACUUGAAAGAGAUUUAAAAAAGAAAAAAAAAAAAAAAGAACAGUUGGUGGGAGGAACUUUCAAUACAUACACGUCGGAAAUAUUAAUAUUUAUAUUUCUUCAAGUUGGUGGUUCAAACUGGUGGUUGCCGGUUAUACAUGGCCGGAGCUAGCCGUGUUGAUCCAAUCUGAUUUUACCCAAUUUAGCCUUCUCUUAUCAAAUAUUGUCUUAUUUUGGCACUAAUAUAUCAGGUUGAAAAGUCUUGUUGAUGUCGUUCAAGAGUAUUGUCCGUGAGCUGAAGGAAAUGAAAAAUGGGAUAGGAGGGAGUUUAUCAAGGAGAGGGGAAGUGGAAGGAGGAAGACAUUGGAGAAACAGAACUCGGUCACAUAUAGCUCCUGAUGUAGUUCCUUUUGAUCCCAAUCAACAAGGCCAAUGGGCAAAUAUACCACCAGAAUUGCUUUUGGAUAUUAUCCGCAGGGUUGAAGAAAGUGAGACAUUGUGGCCUGCUCGGACAUCGGUAGUUUCUUGUGCAUCUGUUUGCAAGUCAUGGAGGGAAGUUACCAAGGAGACUGUCAGGACUCCGGAAGAAUGUGGUAGGCUUACCUUCCCCAUUUCACUAAAGCAGCCGGGUCCCCGUGAAUCCCCACUCCACUGCUUUAUCAAACGGGACAGAGCUAAUUCGGUUUAUCGCCUCUACUUUGGUAUGACUCCAUCUGAGGAUGAUAGCGAUAAACUAUUGCUGGCUGCAAAAAGGAUCAGAAGGGCAACAAGCACAGACUUUGUAAUUUCCUUGGUUUCAGAUGAUUUUUCUCGAGCUAGCAGUACAUAUGUUGGAAAACUCAGAUCUAACUUUCUUGGAACCAAGUUCACCAUGUAUGAUAGCCAACCUCCAAGUGAUGCAGCUCUUCAUCAACAUCGUGGUCGCCGACUUAGUCGACGAUUCAGUGCGAAGCAAGUUUCUCCCACUGUACCUGCGUGCAAUUACAGUAUAGCCACCGUUUCCUAUGAACUCAAUGUUCUCCGUACACGAGGACCGAGGAGAAUGCAUUGCGCCAUGCAGUCCAUCCCUUUCUCCUCUAUUCAAGAGGGUGGCAGUGCUCCAACACCGACAUCAUUCCCGCAAUCUUUUGAUGAGCCAGCUGUCUCGAAAAUGAAGGAGCCAGCUUUAACUAUCAGUUCUCGCAAGCCACUUGUUCUAAAAAACAAGGCACCUAGGUGGCAUGAACAAUUGCAGUGCUGGUGCCUAAAUUUUAAAGGUCGCGUCACAGUGGCGUCCGUUAAAAACUUUCAACUAGUAGCAGCAGUUGAUCCUUCUCAGAAUAUUCCGGCUGCAGUACAAGAAACAACAAUAUUGCAAUUCGGAAAGAUCGGAAAAGAUAUCUUCACCAUGGAUUACUGCUACCCGCUUUCUGCCUUCCAAGCUUUUGCAAUCUGUUUGAGCAGCUUCGACACAAAACCAGCCUGUGAAUGAUUUCGUGCCAGAUUGUAAAUCAUGAUAAUUUUCAUUUCGGGUUUUGCUGCAUAAUGUUACGAAUUGAUGUUUUCUCUGAGAAGUUCUUAAUGCGAGGCAAUAUUUAUCGAUGAGAAUAUCAGUUAUGUGCAGUAUGUGACUAACAAGUAACUGCUCAGAUAGAAGCAUCUGUUUUGUAAGUUCUAUAAUGUAAUACUGUUGCUGGAAGGUAAAUCUCUUCUUGGUAAUUUGGGACAUUAAGAUCAUGAACAGAUUUUGAUGUAAUCCUUGUUUGUAAUCUAAAUAGGAAAUGGCCUAAUUUCAAGUCAAUCAAAUUUCAUUUA